GUCAGUGUCAAAACGAGUUGUGCACGGCUUCCGUAGCUCGCGCAGGCUUGUGGGAUCUCGGUCAAGAUGGCGGUCAUUAUCCUUUGCAGGGCUGCCGGUGCCCGGGCAAUGUCACGUCGGCAGAUCUCAUCGCUGGCCGCCUCUGUUCCCGUGGUCCUGCAGCAGAGGAGCGUCCACCAUGCUGUUAUUCCCCACGGGAAGCCUGGCCGCUCUGCAGUCAGCGGGGUGGUGGCCACAGUGUUUGGAGCUACAGGGUUCCUGGGACGAUACGUUGUCAACAGGCUAGGACGUAUUGGCUCCCAGGUGGUCGUACCGUACCGUUGUGACCAGUAUGACAUCAUGUAUCUCCGACCUAUGGGAGAUCUGGGCCAGUUAACAUUCAUGGAAUGGGACUCACGAAACAGAGACUCCACCAGGCAAGCUCUCCAGCACUCCAGUGUGGUGAUUAACCUUGUGGGCAAAGAAUGGGAGACGAGUAAUUUCAGUUUUGAGGAUAUGUUUGUCAAUAUCCCAAAAGACAUUGCAUUGUUGGCUCGAGAAGCAGGAGUAGAGAAGUUCAUCCACGUUUCCCAUCUCAAUGCUGACAUGAAAAGCCCUUCAAAGUUACUGAGGAACAAGGCGGUGGGAGAAGAAGCUGUGAGAGACAUAUUUCCUGAAGCCAUCAUCCUGAAGCCUGCAGAGAUAUUCGGUCGGGAAGACAAGUUCCUGAACUAUUACGCAAACAUGCGGUGGUUUGGAGGUGUGCCCCUAAUAUCUAUGGGCCAGAAGACUGUGAAGCAGCCGAUUUAUGUUGUGGAUGUGGCCAAGGCUAUCGUGAAUAUUAUCAAAGAUCCUGACUCUGCAGGGAAGACAUAUGCUCUAGCUGGACCUCAUCGGUAUCUUCUUCAUGACAUGGUCAAAUACAUCUUUGCUGUUGCGCAUAGACCUUUGCUACAAUACCCGAUGCCUCGCCCUAUCUAUCAUCUGAUCGCAAGGUUCUUUGAAUUAAAUCCAUUUGACAAGUGGACAAGCCGGGACAAAGUGGAUCGAUUCCAUAUUACAGACAAGAAGUACCCUGAUCUCCCUGGCCUGGAAGACCUCGGCAUCGUUCCAACACCUCUGGAGCACAAAGCGAUCGAGGUCUUACGUCGUCACCGUAAAUACCGCUGGCUGGAUGCAGAGUUGGACGUGGCUAAGCCGGUCACCCCUGUGAACUUCUAAGGACACAUUGCCGAGCUUGUUCUUUAUAAGGAUUGACAGUUGUGCUUACACCUCCUGUGUACAUAAUAAACUAUUACAAGACUA